AUGUUUAAGAAAAUACUCAUCGGUUCGGCUAUUGCGCUCGUGUUGGGGAUCUUUGUUGGUUUUAUUGGGUUUCCAAAGUUAUUGAAUAAAAUGAUMAAAGGGCAAUUAAAUCUGAAACCUGGCAGCGAACCGCGACAAAUGUGGGAGAAAUUUCCCAUCGCCUUGAAUUUUUCAAUUUAUGUCUUCAACGUAACAAAUCCCGAUGAAGUGCAAAAUGGCGGAAAACCACAUGUGCAAGAGGUCGGACCAUUUGUAUUUGAGGAAUGGAAGGACAAAUACGAUUUGGAGGACUUUGAGGAUGAGGACGCGGUGGCCUAUAAUAUGCGCAACACGUUCAUUUUCAGACCGGAUUUGGGCCUAGGCGGCGAGGAGUUAAUCGUGAUGCCACAUCCACUUAUACAAAUCAUGGCUAUAGCCGUCAAACGUGACAAGGAAGCCUUGAUCAACAUGAUAUCCGAGGGUUUGCAAGCGCUAUUUAAGCCCACCACGCCAUUUGUGCGCGCACCUUUCAUGGACAUUUUCUUUCGCGGCAUCGAUGUGGACUGCUCCAUCGAUCAUUUCGCAGCCAAAGCGAUUUGUUUGAAUUUUCACACCGGCGCCAUUAAAGGCGCAGAAAAAGUGAAUGCAACACAUUUYAAAUUUUCGCUCUUAGGCGGGGCCAACCACACUGAUGCCGGUCGCUAUAAGGUAGCGCGAGGCGUCAAGGUUAGCCGUGAUAUUGGACGCGUGCUUGAGUUUGACGACUCUGACGAGCUGAGUGUCUGGGAUGGUGAUGAGUGUAAUCAAUUUCGCGGCACCGACACCACCAUCUUUGCGCCACUAAUGAAGCCCGAAGAGGGACUGUGGUCGUUUGCUGCCGAUUUGUGUCGUUCGUUGGGUGCGGAAUUCGAGAAGAAGACCACUUAUGCAGGCAUACCAGCAUACUAUUACACAAUCGACUUGGGCGAUCCCAAGAACGAUCCAGAUAAGCAUUGUUUUUGCAAGGAUUAUCCCGACGACUGUCCACCCAAAGGCACCAUGGAUCUAACCUUGUGUAAUGAGGCACCCAUGAUUGUCUCGCUGCCACACUUUUUCAAGGCCGAUCCGCAAUUGGUUGCGGACGUAGAUGGUGUGGAUCCAGUGGAGGAAAAGCAUGGCGUAUUUAUUGUUUUCGAAAGGAUAUCUGGUACACCCCUCUCUGCCGCUAAGCGCCUGCAAUUCAGCCUCUCCGUGAUGCCCGUGCCAGAAGUUGAGGUUAUGAAGAACUUACGCACACUCACCAUGCCGCUCUUUUGGGUCGAAGAAGCGGCCAGUUUGGACAAGACAUGGACUGAUAUGUUGAAAAAGAAGGUUUUCUUAGUCAUCAAAAUAAAUAAURUCUUUAAAUGGAUGUCCACAAUUUUCGGAGCAUUGGGCUUAGYAAUCAGUCUCUAUAUGCUCUUUGGUAGAAAUCAAAUCACCACAACAAACGUCACACCCACUACCGAAGCUGAUACGAUCGAUAAACAUUGAAUUAAUUAGCGGCUAAUUUAAACUG